AUGAAUCGAAUGCGGGACGAGGAAGACGAGGAGUUGGAUGAGAGCUUUCAACACGCUGACAUUCCCAACACCUUCCGGGAACUCCGUGCCUGCAUGACAUGCUCUCUAGUGAAGACUUUUACGCAGUUCUAUGAUACGGGCUGCGAAAAUUGUGCAUUCUUGCAGAUGGCUGACAAUCGUCAGCGGGUGGCCGAGUGCACGUCUGCCUACUUCGAAGGCAUGAUUGCGAUGAUGCAGCCCAAGGAGAGCUGGGUUGCCAAAUGGCAACGCAUCGUCCGCUCGAUUCCAGGAAUAUAUGCCGUAUCAGUUUCGGGGGAAUUACCUGACUCUAUUAAGCGCUUUCUUGAAGACAGGAACAUCCCGUACCGCGUGCAGAACUAA